GGGGAGGCCGGUCUCGAGGGCCGGGGGAUGGGAAACCAUGCACUGGGGAGAGAGCAGACAAGAUGACGAUAAUGGAACGACUCCCUCCACACCUGCCAAGUAUAAUGAAGGAAUCACUCAUCGGAGCAAAGUGCGUCCCGCGGGUGGCCAGAAAAGGAAAAGGGGCAACUCACCACGAUCGCCGAAGAAGAACAACCCCUGCUCUUUAGAGGCGAGAUUGGACCUCGCGAAGUUCGUCGGCGACGACGAUGCCCUUAUGGCUGAUGUCGAAGGUGCUCAAGGGUGCAUGACGAGGUCGAAAAGAUGGGAGUGGGUUGCAGGAAGGCUUGGAGAAAUCGGUUACUCCAGGACAGCGGAAGACUGCAGGAACUUGAAGAAAUGGGUGGAGCUGGUGAAGAAGGUGAGGGAGAUCCGGGAUGCAUGCGAAGGGUUGAGGAAACAAGCGUACUGGGACACCACCACGAAACAACGGAGGAAGCUAGGGAAGUCAGUGACGUGUGACGACACACUGGCUUCAGAAGAUUUGAGAGGGGGUGGAUCACCGAGUGGCGGCGAGGCGGGUUCGGAGGGUGUUGGGACGGAUGCUGCGGACACCGCCACCAAGACACGACAUACCUCAAGCGGGAAAGCCCGGGGGGGGGAUUCUCCGGCGUCGAUGUACAUGCCGUCGGUGAUGGAGGAGUCGACGAGGGCCUUGUGUGAGGUUUUAGACAAGGCUGUCGGCACAUUGGCUCGUGCAUCGACGGAUGGUUCGAGGAUGGUUGCCACGGAGAUCAGGGCUGUCGUCGGGGCAAUGCGGCAGGGCAAUGCCAUUUUGGAAACGCUCGUCGGGGUUAUGGCGGCAAGAGGUGCAGGGAGUGGUCAGGGAGCGGACGACAGUCGUGAUACGGACCCCUCGACAACAUCGGGAUCGACCUUGGCCAGCGCGGCUUCCAAUUCCGAUCCACCUGCGAAAGUAGGGAGCUUCAUCCCGGAUGAUUGGGCGAUGUUGACUAUCGAUAUAGUGGGUGAUAUUGUCCUCAAGCUCGUGGAGAAUCUUGCAGACGAGCACGAGCGGCGGUUGGACAUGGUCACAUGGAUGGCCGCUGUGGUGAAUGUGUCGGAGGUGGCAAUGGUGUGGUUGAUUGGCCUGCGGCUUCGUCGGCGACCACCGAUUGUCAAACUUGUUUGUCUCGCCACGUGGUGCACGGGGCUGUUGGCUGGUGUGGUGAAUGUGGGGGAGGUGGCAAUGGUGCGGUUGACGGGUCUGCGGAUUUUUCGGCGACCAGUGAGUGUCCGCGUCUUUGUCUCGCCACGUGGCACGCAACGCAUCUGGCCGGUGUGGUGAAUGUGUGCAGGUGGCGAUGGUGCCCUUCAUGAUUACUAUGGCUUCUUUCGCGACCACUUACUGUU